CGUUAACAGACCCUCCUAGGGGUCCCAAAAAAAAAAAAGUGUGAUUUUUCAUGUAACAAUACACCAUAGCAUAGUUUGCACUCCUUUUUUUUUUACCAGCACUACAAGAUGUCCAGCACUCUUGCUCCUUACAAGGCCGAGUUCCUCCAGGCUGCUCUUGAGGGUGGAGUUCUCAAGUUUGGCAGUUUUGAGCUGAAGUCAAAGCGCAUAUCGCCCUACUUCUUCAAUGCGGGUGACUUUUACACCUCGAAACUCCAGAGCGCCAUCGGCACCGCCUUUGCAAAGGCUAUCAUCGAGGCGCGUACGCAGAUUCCCGGCUUCGACUUCGACAUCGUCUUCGGUCCGGCCUACAAAGGCAUACCCCUCGCGACGCUGACUAAUCUCAAGUUGGGUGAGCUGGACCCGGCCUCGCACGCGGACACGCUGUGCUCGUUCGACCGCAAGGAAGCCAAGGACCACGGCGAGGGCGGCAACAUCGUCGGUGCGCCGCUCAAGGGCAAGAGGGUGCUCAUCAUCGACGAUGUAAUCACCGCCGGCACGGCCAAGAGGGAAGCCAUCGAGAAGAUCCGCAAGGAGGGCGGGACCGUGGCUGGCAUCGUGGUCGCGGUGGACCGUAUGGAGAAGCUGACCUCGCCUGAUGGAGACGACAGCAAGCCCAUGCCCAGCGCGAUGGGUGAGCUGCGCAAGGAGCUCGGCGCGCCCGUCUUUGCGAUCCUGACCCUGGACGACAUCAUUGACGGCAUCAAGAACAAGAGUUUGACGUCAGCAGAGACUAUCAAGAGCAUAGAGGAGUACCGGACCAAGUUCAAGGCCAGUGACUGAACACACUGGCCCCUCGUUCCCAUGAUGACGCCUAGCAUGUUCCGGCCAACCGAUGCAGAUCAGAUCCUCAAAAUUUACCCGAGAGCCAUGAACUCCCAAAAUUUCCUGGAAGCAAAGGCGGUUAGCAGGUUGGCUAGGGGGGUGGUGGGGGAAUCUUGAGAGAAUGAGUUGAGACCCACACGAGAGGUUCGCCUUUUCGAAUGGCGUGCAAUGCAGAUGCAAUGCAGAUGCGAAUCUAGGAAGACGAAGCAUCCUCGGGAGGAGUGGAGACUGCUCCCAAAUCAAAGACCAUGUCAUGCC